AUUGAAACCCCACUGGUGACCUCGGCUGAUUUCAUUUCUGUAGCCACUUCUCCGAAGCACAGAGCGUGACCAAAAUGAAACGGCCAUUCCAAGCCCUCAUUUUUUCUCUCAUCCUAACAUCUGUGUGUGGGAACAAGGGUCUGGUGGAUCAGCUGAAGGCAGGCAGAAAAGAUUCUACAUCUGUGGAUCCUCAGUGGGGAGAGUUAACCAACAAAAACCUGAGCACGCCCCUUCUCCCAGCGGACUUCCACAGAGAAAACACAGUCACCAACGACUGGAUCCCAGAGGGGGAGGAAGAGGAGGAUUAUCUGGACCUGGAGAAGCUAUUCGGCGAGGAUGAUGACUACAGUGACAUCAUCGACGCCGUGCUGCCCACAGACUCCGAAGCCAGUGCCGGGAACAUCCUGCAGCUCUUCCAGGGCAAGAGCCGGAUCCAAAGGCUCAGCAUCCUCAAUGCAAAGUUUGCUUUCAGCCUCUACCGAGCACUGAAGGAACAGACCAAUGCUCUCGACAACAUCUUCAUCGCCCCAGUGGGCAUUUCUACUGCCAUGGGGAUGAUCUCCUUGGGUCUGCAAGGGGAGACGCAUGAACAAGUACACUCGGUCCUGCACUUUAAAGACUUUGUCAAUGCAAGCAGCAAGUAUGAGAUAAUGACCAUUCACAAUCUCUUCCGGAAGCUGACUCAUCGACUCUUCCGGAGGAAUUUUGGGUACACACUAAGGUCGGUCAAUGACCUUUAUGUACAGAAGAAAUUUCCAAUCCUGGAUGACUUCAAAGUUAAAGUAAGAGAGUAUUACUUUGCUGAGGCCCAGGAGGCUGACUUUUCAGACCCUGCCUUCAUCUCAAAAGCCAACAACCACAUUCUGAAGCUCACCAAGGGUCUCAUAAAAGAUGCUCUGGAAAAUAUAGACCCCACCACUCAGAUGAUGAUUUUAAACUGUAUCUACUUUAAGGGGUCUUGGGUGAAUAAAUUCCCGGUAGAAAUGACACAUAACCACAAUUUCCGGCUGAAUGAACGAGAGGUGGUUAAGGUCUCUAUGAUGCAAACCAAGGGCAACUUCCUGGCGGCAAAUGACCAUGAGCUGGACUGUGAUGUCCUGCAGCUGGAGUAUGUUGGGGGCAUCAGCAUGCUCAUCGUGGUCCCGCACAAGCUGUCUGGCAUGAAGACCCUUGAGACACAGCUGACACCCCAGGUGGUGGAGAGAUGGCAGAAAAGCAUGACUAAUAGAACGCGAGAGGUCCUCCUGCCUAAGUUCAAGCUGGAGAAGAACUAUAACCUGGUGAAGGCCCUGAAGUUAAUGGGGGUCACAUCCCUGUUUGACGACAGCAGCAACAUGGCGGGAAUUUCAGACCACAGGAUCACCAUUGACCUGUUCAAGCAUCAGGGUACCAUCACUGUGAAUGAAGAGGGCACUCAAGCUGCUGCAGUGACCACGGUGGGGUUCAUGCCGCUGUCCACCCAGGUCCGGUUCGCCGUUGACCGCCCAUUCCUGUUCCUCAUCUAUGAGCACCGCACCAGCUGCCUGCUCUUCAUGGGGAGAGUUGCCAACCCCACCAAGUCUUAAAAUCGGGGUCUGGGCAUCUAACAUGUUUGGGGGGCACUCUGUAAUUCUGUUUCCAGUCUAACAAUGAGAACACAGACGUUUAGGUACCAUGA